CCCCACCGUUGUCUCGCAUCCUCGUACCACCACCACUUCCUAACCCCACCCCACUUCCACUCACCCCUUUCAUUUCUAUUACUCAUCCGCUCGUGCUGCUGCUGGUGCUACCGAUCAUCGUUUAUUCGCGCGUCUUCCCUACCCGGCGAUGAAAAGCACUAUCGUGGACGCUAAUCUAAGCACACACAGACACAUGCGAAAUACGGUUGUGCAUAGCUGUGCGACACUUGUCGUCUUACUGGGUCACCGCGGCUAAGCCAGUGCCGCUAGUGGCGGUACAUUCCUACCAAAUUCCGCAUGGAUUAUCACCGACGGCAUUGUGGCCCUUGUUGUUGCUGGCAAAUCGAGCAAAGAAUCGCGUCGCAUCGCAGUGCAAAUGAAGUAAACAUUUUCGAGAGAAUGUGUGACAGCUUUUUCCUUCGGAUCUAGUUCGUGCGGUAGUGAAAUGUGCGAGUUUGACGUUUGUAGCCGGUUCGAAAAAUUGCCGCACAGUUUGACCGUGUGCAUGUGUGUGAUUUGUGCGAGUUGCAGGUGUGCCGUCCGCUGUGCGUAUGUGUGUGAGUGUGUGUGUGCAUUUUCGAGUGCGUGUGACCGCGAGGCGUAGCAAAUUGUGACGCUGCCACAGCUUCCUCCCGGCGGCCGAUAACGGAACGAAACGAGCAAUCACGAUGAAGUCAUUGGUUCGGUUUUCGUCACUCCCGGAGUGACCGUAAAGAAGCGAUCGCGAAAAAUCCGCCGCUGGCCGAAAUUGUUGGAUAGUAGUGGUAGUUGUAGCAUUGGAAAUUUCUAAGCCCCCAGCGGAAAGGGGGCCCCCAGUGAAGAAGGGAAAAGGAGGAGAAAAAACCGCUCUAUGUCUGUGCCAGUGCCCGGUGUCAGUGAGAGUGUGUGUGUGUGUGAGAGUUUGUGAGGAUUAACUUGUGACCUUUGCUUUGGACCGAACCGACCAAAAGACCGCCAUCCACCGUCGUCUCCGUCAUCAACGCACACACCAUCGGAAGACAGCUGUUCGCGCGAAAAAGAUAACGUGAUUGGAGCCCACCCGUAACACCCGGGCGCGCAUGCAUGCGGAGCGAGCGGAAGGGAAGAGCGGCAAGAACACUUCGCACGAGGCCGGCUGGUGGUCUGCAGUGUGUGCACAAACCAUUCCGACUGAUGCAAGAUCAGGAGGAUCGAGCUGGAACACCGACAGCGAGCGAUAACAUUAAGCCCGUAAUGAUGAUGAUGUCAAUAACCUGAGGUACACGGCACCCCGGUUGCACUACAUUCCGGCGAGCAAGGUUGGAAGCGACGAGCUUCACGCACACUCUACCACGCACACCCAUCGAUGUGACGCCGAAUGCACCUGCACUUUUCACCCCGCGCCACCUUUUUCGAAGCGCGCACCGAAAAACCCGUCGUUGGAUCGACAGUCGAUUGAUGCGCACGACUAAAUUGCCACCGCAAGCCCUGAACCGCCGUUUGCACCGCGUGUGUGUGUGUGCGUGUUAAUCGACUUUCGGGUGAAGGAAGCACACAGACGGACCACUGCUCCAAGCCAAAGCCAGCAAAGCUUAACCACUGUGGCGUGAUCCCGUGACGCCAGUGCGACGCCCUUUUCGACGGGACCGAGCGCAGUGUACCAGACAUACACACACACACAAAAAAGCACUCGCACACAGCGAGAUAGAGAAAAGAAAAAUCAUUCAAACAUCCUGACGCACCAGUGGUAUCGGAAACGCAUUAACCGUGUGUGUGUGUGUGUAGCCCACCAGCCGAAUGUGAGAACCAUUAUCGAUUCCAAAACAAAACGAAAAACCGUGCCCCGAACCUGCCAAUUAAAACCGAGCGUUUGUGUCUGUGUGUCUGUGUGUGUUUGAGUCCCACACAGUGCCACUGAGGGCAGCCCUGCUUCACUCCCCCUGAAAGGUUGGUGGCUCACACGGUCACACGGUCCCGGGACGCGGCGCUGAAAAGCCUCGGAGCGCAUGCAUAUGUUGGAGCUGAUCACCGACAUCGCGAUGGCGUCGUCGUCGAGCCCGAUGGAGAUCAGCGAACCCUUCCGCACGGAGGACCUGUCCAAGACGGACUUUUUCGACUUUGUCACAGGCUCCGCACCGGACAUGGCCAUCAGCAGCAGCAGCAGCAGCGCCAGCGGUGGCCCCGGUGGAGGUGGCGGAGGUGGGAGUGGUGCCAACAACAGCAGCAGCAGCAGCAGCAGCAGCAACACCGCAAGCAACAGCAAUACCUGCAACCGUGUCCUGGCGGGUGGAUUGCCCAGCAUGGGCGUGAAUGGGGUGACCGAUCGACCGCCCGUUGGAAGAAAUGGAGGCGAAGGGUCACCGAUGGAUGGAACACCCGCGAACCGAGUGGCCGGCAGCACCGUGCCCGAUGCGAACGAUCAACCGCUGCAGGGAUUCGAUCAGUUCUGGGGUCCGGACAAAGAUGCCAACCGGUUGGAUCCGGCCAUGUUUGAGGAUCUGAAUCGCUAUUGUUGGAUACAGCAGAGCAACACUGCCAGCGCACCGACCAGCAACAGCACCAGCAACAAUGCCACCAACAGCAACACUAACAACAGCAACAAUGGAGCACUCAACAACCAAGUUGCCGAUACAGAUGGACAGAUCUACACACUAACAGUAUUAAAUGGAGCGCCGGAACCGUGGGUACUACGGAAGGACCCAAAUGGGUCGGAACCAACAGCUCCCGCUUCCAAUCUCGAUCUCGACACCAUUCUGGGCGGAUUCCCGGGCUACGUCAAGACGGAAUGCUUCUCCUACGACGACAGUGGCUUCGGGACGGAUCAUCACGCAAAGGAAGAUCCGCACCAUCAGCAGCAGCAGCAGCAGCAGCAGCAACAUCAACAUCUUCAGCUAGUUCAGCAACAUGCGGCCCACCACGCCCACACACAACCUCAACUUCAACAAGUACAAUCUCAGCAGCAUCAGCAGCAGCAGAUGCCUGUUACGUCCAGCAACAUCGUCCUGUCGAGCCAGCUGCUUGACCCCAACAGUGUGCUGGCGUACCAGAACAACAACAACAACGACUGGCAAAUGUCGGACCACAACGUGAUACAGCAGGACACGGCGGAAUCGUUGCUGCGCAGUGCGCUACAGGGCAAGGGCUACACCAAGGGCACCGGACUGCCGCUGCCCAACGGGACCAUCACCGUGCUACCCGCCACCGGUCACAUGAAGGACGAGGAGCUGCGACGGGUGCUGUACUCGGGCGGCGAUCCGAACGACUCGCUCGCCGCCUAUGCCGACUCCACGCUGGCCAGCACCAUGUACGACGAGUCGGUGUUACACUCGCCCGCUUCCACCAACCAAUCGGCCACCUCCCAGCAGCAGCAGCAGCAGCAGCAGCAACAUCAACAGCAUCAACAUCAGCAACAGUUGGUCGCAUCCACUGGACAGGUGACGGAUCUUGGUGCUGGUGGACCGGGUGGCCCCGGAACAGUGGUGGUGGACGACAUGUUCUUCACGCUCGAUGCCACCUUCCCGGAGGACUACGAAAAGCUGAAACGAAUAGCGACGGAGGUGCAGCAGUUCUGCACGGACAACAACAACUACACGGAGAUCAUCGUGGAAGCGCCCGCCAUGGGCAACGGAUGCAGUGCCAAUGUCCCUCCCAACGCCCUGAUGCCGGGUGCGAACAACCAUCAACAUCACACGCUGGGCGUCCUGUCUCCCACGGGGACCGCCGGCUCGACCCUCAACCGACAGCCCUCCGUUUCGACCACCUCCUCGGACGUAGUAACGACGACCUCCUCGACCAAGCCGAAGGCGCCCCGGACGAAGAAGUCCUACAAGCGAUCUCUCAGCAACAGUGCGGCCGGAGCAGCCAACUCCAACAACAACAAUGGUUCCACACUGACAUGUCUCACCAACAACAACAACAACAACACGAGCAUGAGCAACCUCAACACGAUUGCCGGUGGUGGUGGUGGUGGUGCUGGAGCGAUGCUGAGUCCGGGCAGUGCGAACGGCACCGUGUCCUUGGCCACCACUACUACCACCAGCACAACGACCAACACCGCCACCACCAGCCCGACCCAGUGCGGCAACGGGCAGCGCAAGGAGCGCUCCCUGCACUACUGCUCGAUCUGCUCGAAAGGCUUCAAGGACAAGUACUCCGUCAACGUGCACAUACGCACGCACACGGGCGAAAAGCCGUUCGCCUGCUCGCUCUGCGGCAAAAGCUUCCGCCAGAAGGCCCACCUGGCCAAACACUACCAGACGCACCUGGCGCAGAAGAACCCGCCCGGCGGCACGGUCACGAAGCAAAGCAAGCAGAGCCGCCUGUCAACGCCACUGGCGGCGUCGUCGUCCGCGGGCAGCGACCCGAGCACAGGACAAUCGAUGCCGGUCGCUUCCGUCACACCCGUCACACUGUCCGUGGUGAGCGUGGCCGGACCGCUGCCACCGAUGGUGAUCCCACAGGCACAAUCACCGCCGAUGCUGCUCACCACCACUACCACCAACAACAACAACACCAACACUGCCACGAUUGUCGCCAGCAGGUGAACGCACACUCAGCUCAGGCCGCCAUUGCCGUCGCCGCCUACUAAACAAAUUUUACUUUGUUCCUAUUUUAAUGUGUAUUUACGCAAGUGUGUGCGUGUGUGUGUGGGUGCGUUUGCGGACGCGAUCGUCGGAAUGUGAUAGCGCAUUGGGAUUAUUAGGUUGGGGGGAGAGAUGAAGGGGCCAUUUUUGUUUUGUUUUCGGAACUCUGCAACUCAAAAUUACCUGUGAUGAUAAAAAACGCUGCCUGGCCCCUCUCAUCCCCGGUCGGGAAAUGCCGGCAGAACGCGGUCCGGAAGACAGUCCGGAAGUGCAGAGAUACUCUUCUUAUCACUCGACAUUCUUGCCAUUUUUUGUAGUUUUGUUUAAGUGUGUAAAGCCCGAGUGUAAUGACGCCGCCGUAAACGGUCACUGCCGCCACAGAGUACUUACUGUUGUUUUUUUCACUCUCUCUCUCUCUCUCUCUAUUUGUUGUUCACGUACAAGGAUAGUUUGCGGGAGCCGUUAAGUGUAUAGUGUAAGCACCGAAACCGUUCUGUUUGGCGGGAAACUUACUUUUGUAUUUACGUACGCAGCGAAUUAGUAGGCUUGUAAGGGUAGUUGCUUAGGAUACUGUAAUGUAUAAGGCUAGCGAAUGUUUUUUUCUUCUUAGGACAAUUAUUGCUUAUUUGUCUGGACAACGAGUUUCGUUAGACGUGUUUUGUUUUGUUUAUUUUAGAACAAUUUCCCUCGCCCUCUCCCCAUUUUCUUCCUCGAUUUCCUUUCCCAAGUGUUUUAUGUUUUAGUUCCCAACUUUCCUUCACUGUCCAAAUUUUAGUUUGUUGAGCCAAAAUGUUUAGUGUUUUUGGAAGCAAUAGCAGAAUGGUUGUUAAAAUUUGUUUGUUAAAAUUAUUUGUUUGUCUAUAAAAAAAUUUAAAAAAUAUGACAAAACUAGACAAAAAACGAGAUUGUUACCGAUAUUAUCUGUGUGUUAGAAGUAAUGUUAGCAGAAGCUCCACUAGGAUUGAGAUUUAUGUGUUUUAUUGAUUUGUUUCUCCGUUUUGUUAUGUUGUUCAAUCUUCAUUUGAUGAGAUUAUUUGAUGAGAUAACCCAAUUACUGCUAGCUAUUUGCAAUCGAGCGCAAAAUUUGCCAUUAGUUCGUAGGGAAUCAAAUUCAUAGAAGAUAGAAGAAAGCUCAGUUCAACGCUUUUCAUCCGUUGAAAGUGUGAUGUCUUAUAAGAGAUUAAACUGUUUUUUUGUGUUUUUCCUGUAAGCAUUCUGUUGAGUUGUUAUCUCAAAGCUCAAACACUAACUAACAAACAAACAAACAAAACGCUUCCACAAUCAGCUGUAAAUACGUGUGUGUGAGAGAGAUUGCGUAUUUUUGGGACCAUUAGCUAAUACACAGCCUAGCGUACAUCCUGUCGUCGCAGUGUGGACGGACGGACACGCGCUCAAUCUAAUCUAAGGCUAUUGUUUCGUUUCGUAUUAGUUCAAAUUUAUUUAAAACAAAUUUCCGUCCUCUGACCACUCCUCCGCUUGCGCUUGCCGCACAAGGGGGUGGUUUCAGGGCCAGGAGAACGCGGCAAGGAUAGACAAUCGUUAACAUAGUCGUGUAAGACAACGGUACAACCUAAGCGAAUAGCGUUUACUACAUUCAUAUUUCAUAUUUACAUUUACAACACAAAACACCACUUAGUAGUAGUAGAGCACGUAAGCCGCAAAUAUACAGAUGAAACACAUUAUUUUUACUCUCUCGUUCAGCCUAGGUAAAUAUGUUAAAGUUUGUGUAUUAUUUUUGUUCCACUUUAUGAUAGAGAUAUUUUAUUGGCGCGUUCAAACUAUUGUAUACUUUAUUUGCUAGCGAGUUGAGUGUUCUGGUGAGCAGAACUGGACCGGGGGUGGGGGAGAAAGCGACUUCCGGUUCCAGUUACGACUCGAGUGCGAUUCGUAAAGCAUCAUUCAGAGAACGGAUACGAAUAAAAUGUUCUGCAUUGCAACACAA